ACUCGCUGGAAACAGGAAGCAGUUCCUCUCACGGCAAACAGACGUGGCAUAAGAACCGUUGGUUUGAUCCGAUCAAUACUGUUGAUUUUUAAUUAUUGUUUGUCUGCUUGAGCUGGACGUCAUGGCCUCCGGUGUGGGCAAAUGGGAGGUGGUGAAGAAAGGAAAGAAAGCGAGCAGCAGCUCCAAAACUCAGGACAAGAAAUCAGCAAGGAAAGCGCUGAGAGAGGCCAAUACUGACAGCAACCACGUGAUGUCCGAGACCAUAUUCGACGGCUUCGAGAAGAUGGUGAAGAAGCAGAAUAAAGAGCAGGUUCCUCCGCCAGUGGAAGCACAGCAGAAGAAAACUAACGCGGGGAAGCAGACCAAAAAACCCCCGGCCAACAGCAGCCCCAAACCAGUCCACUACAAGACUCUGGAGGAGGCGGUCAAAGCCUUGAAUAUAACAGAGCUGAAGCAGCAGCUGGAGAAAAGUCAGACUCUGUUUCCUGACAAUCCGUCCAUCUGGGUAAAGGAUCUGGCUGGAUAUCUGAACUACAAACUCCCAGCUCCAGACACAGACCCCACGCUCAGCAGCUACGCUCACGAUUACCCAUACUGCCUCGCUGGGAAGGAGCUGAAGGCCAUUAUUAAGAACCUGCUUGGCAAAUGUUCAGACGCGCUGCCUGAGUUCUUCGACCACUGCAUCUUCACCAUGCUGAGAGAACAGGACCGACAGCCAAGUGAUUCUGUGCACGGCUACAGGAUGUGCAUUCAGGCUCUCAUGCAGGACAAACCCAAAAUCGCCACGCUGAAGCUCUCCGACCAUCUGGAGCUGCUGCGCUCUCAUCAGAGCCGUCCGCUCAAGUGUCUGACCAUCAUGUGGGCGCUGGGACAAGCAGGAUUCUACGACCUCAGCCAGGGCAUCAGAGUCUGGUUGGGAAUCAUGCUCCCUGUUCUCGGGAUGAAGGCUCUCUCCGCAUACGCCAUCGCUUAUCUGGAGCGGCUGCUGACCCUUCAUGCCAACCUGACCAAAGGCUUCGGGAUCAUUGGCCCCAAGGAGUUCUUCCCGCUGCUGGACUUUGCUUACAUGCCUAAAAACGCUCUUUCACAGAGUUUGCAGGACCAGUUGUGUCGGCUGUAUCCACGGAUAAAAGUUCUGGCCUUUGGUGCAAAACCCGAAUCAACACUGCACACAUAUUUCCCAUCAUUCCUGUCACGAGCCACACCCAACUGUCCUGGCGCAAUGAAGAAAGAGUUGCUGAGGAGUCUGACGGAGUGUCUGAGCGUGGACAGUCAGAGUCUGAGUGUUUGGAGGCAGCUGUACACCAAACACCUGCCGCAGUCCAGCUUGCUACUCAAUCACCUGCUGAAGACCUGGAAAACACUCCCUCUGAAGUUGCAGAAGAGUCUUCAGGACACCAUACAGUCAUUCAGGGUGACCAAUGAUGAGCUGCAGAGCGGCGCGCACACACAGGACAUCAGCGACUGCAACACACUCUGCCAGUCUCUGCAGCUGAAGAUGCGUGGUCAGGGUGUGCCGUGGUGGCGUGUGCUGCUCAUGCUGCUGGUGUGUGUGUUGGGUUUCGUGGCUCAUGACAUCAGGACUCGGGGCUCCUUCAGUGACUCCAGAACUGCUGUUUUUCUGGAGCAGCUCGGGGUCUCCGGCGUAACCCAGCAGGCCUGGAGCCGUGUCUCACACUAUAGCCAGCAGAGCCUCAGCUGGCUGUCUGAGAACACGCCGUAUUAUUACUCUAGUGCGGUGUCUGCGGUGCGUCCACUGUUGGAGGAUGGACAGGAGUAUGUGAAGUUGGCGGCACUGAAGAUCACACACGUGAGCUCAGAGCUGAUGCUGUGGAUGCAGGAGAACCUGCCGCUGCUGCUGCACUGGAUUCACGCCAAUACUCCAGAGAGUGUGUUUCAGUUCCUGGAGUUCCUAAAGGAUCUGUUGCUGUUUGUCCACGAGCAGAUGAUCCUGCCGGCUCUGCAGUAUCUGAACACAGCACUGCAGCACGCCUGGAGGAGUCUGCAGGAGUCCUGCAAUGGAGAGGUAUCUCUGCACUGUUUACAGGAUCACGUCCGCUCCUUCACCAACAGCACCUGGAUUUACCUGCAGGACGCCACGUCUGCUAUCAAGAGCCGAGCGCAGGAGCUGCUGUCCUGAGCCCCAACGCUGCUGCUUCUCUUUCUUCUUUCUUUUUUGUUUGUCAGUUUGCAUGAGAUUUUAUAUCUGUUGUUGUGCUGACGGUUCUGUCUUUUAUGCAGAUGUUUUUUUUUCAAUGGUGUUUGUUUUACACAAAAAUUGCCAAUCCAGACUGAAUUGAAGAGAGACAUGUUAUUUAACAUCCCGCUGAACACUGACUACUGAACACUGAAGAUGACCACAUUACUGAAACACACAAGAGUCCUGGAUGAGGAGCCGAUUUCAUAGUUUGUAAAUGAUUUAUAUAUAAAUGAAUAAAACUAUGCUGUUCAGUCCUGA